AUGAGCCGCCCACCCUCGUAUCGCUCCGGCUCCUACGGCAGCGGUACAGCGGCAUCGCGGGUACCCCUCCCCGUAAAAUCCAUCGCAUCCUCCAAAGAGGCACAGUUCGACGCAGACUCCGACGACCUCGACGACGAGGACGACAUGGUCGCCAUCGCCGCCUCGUCGCUCACCACCCACGGUCAGGGGGCUGUCGAGGGCCACCACCGCAGGGCACCCGGCCACCACCGCGAGCGAUCCGGCUCGCUGCCGCUCAUAGAUCGCAUACCCAACCCGUUCCGGGCGUCGCUCGACGGCCUCGGCAACGACCUCCGCCACCUUCGCGAGAACCUCUCGGCCGUUGGCGUGCCCGGCUGGGACGGCGAAGGGCUGCCCGACUGGCUCAAGCGCGGCGCCGGCGUGUUUGAUGCCACCGUCAACAUGGCCAACAGCAUCCUCGGCGCCGGCAUCGUCGGUCUGCCCUACUCGAUGCGCGAGAGUGGCUUUGUCGCCGGCCUCGGCCUGCUCAUCGGCCUCUCUUUCCUCACCGACUGGACCAUCCGCCUGAUUGUGCUCAACGCCAAGCUCAGCGGCAGGAUCACGUACAUCGAGAUCAUGGAGCACUGCUUUGGCGGCAACGGCAAGGCCGCCGUAUCGAUCUUCCAGUUCGCUUUUGCGUUCGGCGGCAUGUGCGCGUUCUGCGUCGUCAUCGGCGAUACUAUCCCGCACGUCAUCCGCUCCCUCUUCCCGGCCCUCGCCGGCACCUUCCUGGCCAACCGUCAGUUUGUCAUCACCUUUUUCACCAUGGCCAUAUCCUAUCCGCUCUCGCUCUACCGCAACAUCGAGUCGCUCAGCAAGGCGAGCGCCAUCGCCCUCGUCUCGAUGGUCGUCAUCAUUGUCGCCGUCACGCUGCGCGGUCCCGCCAUGCCCAUCGAGCUCAAGGGCGACCCGUCGCUCCGCUUCACCGUCGUCAACGUCUCGAACCUGGUCCGCUCAAUCUCCGUCAUCAGCUUCGCGUUUGUCUGCCACCACAACUCGCUCCUCAUCUACGGCAGCCUCAAGGAGCCCUCGAUGAACAAGUUUGGCCAGGUGACGCACUACUCGACCAUCAUCGCCGCCGCCGCCACCAUCACCAUGUCGGUCGCCGGCUACUGGAGCUUCGAGGAGAAGACGCUCAGCAACGUCCUCAACAACUUCCCCGACGACGACACCUUUAUCAACGUCGCGCGCGGCCUGUUCGGGCUCAACAUGCUGACGACGCUGCCGCUCGAGUGCUUCGUGUGCCGCGAAGUGCUCGAGACGUACUUCUUUGCCGGAGAGUUUGACCGCAACCGCCACCUCAUCUUUACCUCGUCGCUGGUCGUCUCGGCCAUGAUGGUGUCGCUGCUCACCUGCGACCUGGGCAUCGUGCUGGAGCUGACGGGCGGGCUGAGCGCCACGGCGCUGGCGUUCAUCUUCCCCAGCCUCUGCUAUCUCAAGUUGAGCGGCGAGAGCGGGAAAAAGGUGCCGCUCAGCAGCGUGCCCAACCUCGGCAGCGCAGAGGGGCAGCCGUCUCGAUCGGCGCCGCGGGCCAACACGGCGGCGAGGGCAGGCGGGGCGGACCACGAGGGAGAGGGCGGGGCGGCGGGGGCGGGAGGCGUAAUAACUUCGUAUAGCAUACAUAUACGAAGUAUACGAGAUCCGUCCCGAGAGAACCGCAUCCGCAUCGACGACUACGAAUCCGACGACGAGGACGACGGAGGGGCGACGCUCGACGACCUCGAGGCGCCGGGCCUGUCGGGCGCGGGGUCGCACGGCCCGUCGCACCUGCCGACGACUUCGCGACGGCCCGGUGCGGGAGAGGUGCCGAUCGAGGACGUCGAACUGCCGCUGCGGCCGGGCGCCACGGUGCGCUUCCGGCCGCCGGCGUCGAAGCGCAAGUGGUGGCAGAGCACGAGGCCGCUCAGCGUCGCGUGCGCCGUGUUUGGCAUGGUGGUGCUCGUCAUCAGUGUCUGGACGGCCAUCACCGACGUCGCAGCCGGGAGGAGCGGUGCUGUGCACGUGUGCUAG